AUGGAGACGAACCGGACGGAGACUCAGAAGCGCAGCGAGAGGCGCAGUGUGGAGGUGAGAAACAGUGGAGACAUUCUGAAGAGUCGCAGAUCUGUCCGUCGAGGAAGAAAAGAAAAGAAGUACUUUUUCUUGAAUCCGACAAGAGCCGACGUCUGCGAUGCGAAAGAACAAGAAGGUGACAGGGCUCGGCUCUCGCAGACGAAGAAGGUCGCGGAGAUACAGCAGAGGGAAAGGAGACAGGGGGUCGACGAACGAACUUGGACAUCUUUCCUCGAGCGAGAUGCACCUCGCGAGGAGGGAGGACACAAUGCAGCUCUCCUUCGAAGGACUGGAGAGAAGAAGGCGACGCCUCAGAGCUCUCAGACACCGAAAAACUGUCCGGCUGACGGAGAAGUUCAGUUGAACGUGACGGGCGACAGCACAGAGAAGAAGACGCAGCACGAAGGGAAGAAGAAGAGAGAGGACAAGGAGAAGGAAACGAGUCAGGAGAAGACGACGAAACAGGCUCUAAGGAGAGGCCCUGAAAGGAAAGGAGUGACGGAGAGAGAGAGACAGGAGACAAAGAACAAGACGACGCAUGCAGUGAUAGCCUCAAGGCACGUCCACCCGAAGAAAAACGAGAGUUCCUUUUUCCUUUCCUCCGCUGUCGGCCUCGUCUUCGAGGGAGUCUACGCUUGUUCAGACGCAAAGAUGAAAGAAGCGAAAAAGAGCCGGCUGAAGAAGAGGGAGAAGAAGACGAAUAGACAAGCGAAGAAGGAGAGGAGCACGAAGAGGAAGGAGAGACGAACGCAGAGGAAGGAGAGAAUAACAAAGAGGAAGGAGAGAACAACGAAGAGGAAGGAUAGAGAGAAGACAUAA